AUGGAGAUCAACAACGCCACCGAGACCAAGUCUCGCAAGGAUCGUCCUGCUGGAUCCAUCCAUUUCGGCGACACCGACUUCGAUGUCGACGAGCAAGCUGGAGCCGCUUCGUGGGGCGAAGUAUGCCACGCUUGUUGUGUCCAUUCUGGACAGGAAUGGGCCAUGAUCGCUCUUGGGAUCUUCCUGGUUUGCUUCUUCCUCUACUUCUUCCUGGUGGGUCUUGACUUGCUUGGAAACGGUGCGAGGGUUAUGACUGGAUGCACUGCCGGAGAGUUGUUUGGUGACGACACUAAUCCCAUUGCUGGUCUGAUGAUUGGUAUCCUUGCGACCGUAUUGCUCCAGUCUUCUUCUACGACGACCUCGAUUGUUGUGUCGUUGGUUGGUUCCGCUGUCUCUGUCCGUCAAGGAAUUUACAUGAUCAUGGGAGCAAACAUUGGCACUUCAGUAACCAACACGAUUGUUGCUAUGGGUCAGAUGGGCGAUGGAGAUCAGCUGGAGCGUGCUUUCGCUGGUGCCACUGUCCAUGAUAUGUUUAACUUUUUGUCGGUGGCUGUACUACUCCCUGUAGAAGUCAUCACAGGAUAUCUUUAUCGGCUUACCAAGGCAAUUGUCAAGGAUGCCAAUCUCGAAGACGGUGAAAGCUGGGAUGGUCCCAUCAGUAAGCUGGUUGAUCCUCUUUCGGAAAAGAUCAUCAUUCCCAAUAGUAGUAUUACCCGGGCUAUUGCUUUGGGUGACGCAACCUGCAAUGACGGCGGCGGCUUCUACCCCAUGAAUUGUACGGAAGACACGUAUUUGGGUUGUGGCGGCGCAUUUGGUCUCAUUGCCUGUAGCAGCGAUAGUGGUAAAUGCCCUGCUUUCUUUCAAGGUGACGCUUCGGCAAGGGAUGACAAGGUCUCUGGAGGUGUUGUCUUUUUCAUUGCUAUUGUCGUCCUUUUUGUUUGUCUCGCUGGGCUUGUAACUGUUCUUCAAAAGUUACUGCUUGGUAUGUCCACUCGCGUUGUCUACAAAGCCACUGAUAUAAACGGAUAUCUUGCGAUUGCUAUUGGUACUGGUCUGACCAUGCUUGUGCAGUCCUCCUCCAUUACUACGUCCACUUUGACUCCGUUGGUUGGUAUAGGAGCGCUUCGUCUUGAGCAAAUGUUGCCCCUUACACUUGGUGCUAACAUCGGUACAACUCUGACUGCCAUUCUGUCUGCCCUCGUGUCUGCCAGCAAGGAUUCGCUCCAGGUUGCACUUGCCCAUUUGUUCUUUAACUUGACUGGAAUUCUCAUCUGGUACCCUGUGCCUUUCAUGCGUCGUGUCCCUCUCGGAGCUGCUCGUAGACUUGGAAAAUUGACGCGAAUCUGGCGUGGUUUCCCCAUUCUUUACAUUGGAGUGAUGUUUUUUCUCAUUCCGCUUCUUCUGCUUGGCCUGUCGUCUCUUUUCGAUGAUGGCAGCACUGGUUUUACUGUCCUGGGAUCCUUUCUUACCAUCCUUUUGUUCCUUACCAUUCUUUACGCUGUCUACUGGUUCCGUUACAGAGACGGUCGGCAGAAGUGCUCAAACAGCAUGGCCCAGCGUGAGAAGAAUCGCGUCGUAAUGAAAGAACUCCCUGACGACAUGGUGUAUCUAAAGGAACACAUAAAGCGUCUUAUUGAACACACUGGACUCCCCGAAGACGAGGAUGUCCAGCCAAUUCUCGCAGAUACUGUUUGA